AUGCGCUUUGGCAGCAAAACUGACGAGACCGAUGCAGAUAUCAAUCUGACACCAUUAAUUGAUGUUGUGUUUCUGCUUCUAAUUUUCUUUAUGGUCACCACCACGUUCUCCCGCGAAGCCGAGAUCAAGCUGAAAUUACCGGAAGCAAGCUCGGCUGAAAAAAGCGACCCAAACACCAGGAUGGUAACGAUACAGAUCAGCGAUAUCGGGCAGUUCGCGGUACAGGGACCAGAUGACGAGGAGGCCAGGGAGCUGAUCAGUUCAAAACUCGACACGCUGAGAAAAUCGAUCAAACGCGCAGCCGGUGAUAUGAAAGACCCGAUUGUGCUGAUACGCGCCGAUCGGUUGACGCCACACGAAGCGGUUGUCAAUGCGAUGGAUGCUGCGAGGCGGUUAGGAUUUUUCAGAUCACCUUUGCGACCGGACGAGAGUAGCUACUCGGGGGUGAAUAGUGAAUUAUCCUAG